GCGCGGAGCGACGGGGGACCUGGCGCGGCCACGGGCACGGUGGCACCAUGCAGCAGGAGGCCGAGGGCGGCCGGGCGCGCCGCAGGAAGCCCGACAUGGCGCUCUACGUGCCCAAAGCGCGGCGGGAGCGAGAGGCGCGAGCGGCAGGGGACGCGCGGGGGGCCGGGCACCGCCGCGAGCCCCAGAACCACCGGCUGCUGCAGGACCCGGCCGGCGGCGAGGGGCACAGGCCGAGCCCCCGAGCCAGGACACAGGCUGGCAGGGCGGCGAGGAAGGAGAGCAAGGUGGAUGCCGGCCCAAAGGAGCUGCGGGCAGCCUCUGCCAGGCACAGCCAUAGGACGAGAGGCAGCUGCCCUGUUGCACUGGAAAGCCUGGAGGCGUCGCCCAGCGUGUGUGAGCCAUGCCCAGAUCCAGCUGUUGCUCAGCACAGGGACAGGCAGGACAAAGCAUCUCACGAGGAACCUGCAGAGCUCAGCCACAACCACAGGGUGAUAAGGACUGAGCCUGACCCUCCAUCCACACUGAAUGCCCAGGCUGAGGCUGUAAAGGCUCCCCCUGAGCCUGGGGAUGACCCUGCUAGCCCAACACCCACUGCUAGCCCAACACUGGUUUGUCAGACAGGCCUGAGUAGCAUGUCGGAGCACUUGGGGGACAGCACCCCAGAUCCAGCUGAGAACCUCUCCCAAAGCCUGGGAGAGGCUGUCCUGCAGUCAGCAGGGGUGAGCAGCCAUGGCAGGGUGCCCCAGGUGGUGGGGGAGACAGUGGGUCUGAAAGCCUGCGAGGGGGAGAGGGAGGAGGAGAGGGAGGAGGGGAGGGAUGAGCAGAGGUCUCUCCUGGCAGAGCAGAGCGAGGGUUGUGCCACUGGGGUGCCAGAGGCAGAGGAGACGUGGGGAGGCAGAGCUGAGGUUCCUGGGGAGAGCACCUUGCAUGCACCAGGAGCCAGCUGUGAGCCUGUGUUCCUGGGGGGCAGCAUGGGCGAUGUUCCAGUGCUCCCAGCGGGGAGCACCCCACAGCAGGGCAUGGGCAGCCCAUCCCAGCCUGCCAUGGAGGAGAGCACUGCUGGUGCUGGGGGUCCCAGAGGGGAGGGUGACCGGGUGCCUGCUGUAGUGGAAGCAGGCAGCACUUGUGCCUGCACAGAUAGCAGUGCUGGAUCUGAGAGCAGCCCGUGGGAGGGAGCACCUCUGGAAAGCUGUGAGCCUCCAGUGCCCCUAGAGCAGCUGUGCCAUGGCAUGGAGAGGAUCUCACCUGCAUCCUGGGCCAAGGAGCUGGCAAAGCCAGAUGAGGAUGUGGGCUCGCUGCAGAAGCACCAGGAGGCUGAGAAAGAAGAGAGAGGUCUCCACAGCAGCUCCCCUACGGAAGGACAGAGCAGUGCCAGUGCUGAAACCCUGAGCCAGACCAGCCCAGGUGCUGAGGAGAGCUGGGAUGUGCUGUUCAACGAUGAUGGGGACUGCCUGGACCCACGGCUGCUGGAGGAGCUCUCAGGGGGUGAGAAGCACCAGGAGAGCCAGCAGUCACCCCGCUUCAACUACUAUCGGGCGGAACCUGCUGCUCCAGACAUCAGCGAUGACGAGCUGCCCCACGUCAUCGAGAUCUACGACUUCCCCGCGGAUUUCCGCACCGAGGAUCUCAUGCGUGUCUUCUGCAGCUAUCAGAAAAAAGGCUUUGAUAUUAAAUGGGUGGAUGAUACGCACGCCCUGGGCAUCUUCUCCAGCCCCAUAACAGCACGCGAUGCCCUCAGCACCAAGCACCUGAUGGUGAAGACGCGCCCACUGUCCCAGGGCACCCGCGCCUCUAAAGCCAAAGCCAGGGCAUUUGCUGAGUACCUGCAGCCAGCCAAGGAGCGCCCUGAAACAUCAGCUGUCCUGGCCCGGCGGCUGGUGAUUGGUGCCCUGGGGGUACGGAGCAAGCAGACACCAGCCCAGCGAGAUGCAGAGCGGAGGAAGCUGCAAGAGGCUCAAGAGAGGAAGCGCCUGGAGAACAAGCAGCGGGAGGAUGCCUGGGAGGGCCGGGACUGAGCCAGGAGGCUGCACUUUGAGCCCAUGUCCCUCUCUGCAGGCGGGCAGAGCACUCUGCGUCUCAGAGCUGGGACACGUUCUGCACUGUGUCCAAAAGCACUGGGCUGCUUCACCGAGAGGGCUGAGCAGCGUGAGGGCUGGUUGGUGCUGUGGGGAUGCUGUUGCUGUCAGGCAGCACUGCCCACCCUGCCCAGGGCAGAACCCCCGAGGCUGCCAGCCACAGCAGGAGCAGCAGCAGGAUGCAGGGAGCUCAGCAGAGAGCAUGGGGGGCUGUGUGGGGUGGCCCUGGCCACCUGGAAGGGCCUUGUGAUUGAGAGUUUCUGUCCUUUAUUUUGCUAAUAAAUGCCAUUUAUUUUA